CACCCGCGCGCGAGUAUUUGAAGCAAAUUCUAGCCGCUUCUAGUAUCACGACUUGCUGAUGAUUGCUAGGCUACCUCGGGGGAUGAGCUGAGACUCGGGAUUUCUGUUGAUAUGCUGAGCCCCUAAUCAGAGAGAAAUCCCCUCAAUCGGGAGCCUUGAGGGAAGCUGCGGCCGAUCCUUAAAGUCUGCCGGCUCAUAUCGUACGAUAAUCUAUUGUGAGGUUUGCACUGGUACGGUGAGUGUUGGUGCUUCGCUUGGAUGUCAUGUUUGCCUGGGUUGAGCUCUUGGUACGGCAUCAUGCCCGGAGGAGGAGCCGGGGAGAAGGGGGGAAAAAAAAAGGAAGGAAAUUGCUCAGUCUCACAGCGCACCGACACAAUAGGGCACCGAUGAGAGGAGGAAUGGGCCAAACAGCUGUUGGGUUGAUGUCUCUAACGAAGCGCUGAGUUCUACACACUAGUGAGUUCAUACAAGACCCAGACUCCGCCUCUUUUCGGUUUCCCACCUCUGCCACGCGAAUCCGAUCAAUGGCGGAAUAAACCCCCUCUUUUCAGUUGUACCUACUACUUUGAACAGAGAACCUCAGACUUGUCAUGACUAUGAGCACGGCGAAGCCUCUUUCUUCCGGAGUAUACCUUAGUUAGGUGCAUAGUACCUAGCGUAGGAAAGAGGGGAAAAAAACAUUGUUUAUUCCCCUUUUUUACCACUAAAGGCGUGCGUAUCUGUGGCCCUCAAAGUCUCUGGCGUGCAAGGCACACUUUGGUCCAUCACCAAGUUUUGAGCCUGGGCAUCUCUCCAUUAUUUACGCUGUGGCGGUUGGGGCGUACAUAACGCAUGACUCGAAAGCCAACACAAAAAGAAUCGCCUGGUUGAUCUCUCUCUAAUUGAAAUGAAAGGGAACAGUGAUUCAGAAUUUACUUCUGCGCACGCCGUUGUGCUCUUAGAAUUUUGUGAUAUUCUGACGGUCUUUUGCUAUCGGAACCUCAUUUAGUCGGCGGCGGGCCUGAAAUCGGAGGGGCAUUUGGGGGGCCCGGAGGUUGCUGUGGGGAAUUCGGUACCGGAGGGUUACCAAUGCAGUUUCGCUGAAACACCGCCAAGUGACAGAAGAGGCUCAAGUAUCAACACCGGCACCCACGCACAAGGGCACUUUGAACUCAUACCAUAACCCACCAACUCGUCUGAUUUUUCGUCUCAGUGCCACCUGUACACCUGAGGUGCUAACUCGGGAAGACAAAAUGGACAAUUUUCAACUUCCCAGAUUAUGACGUCGGACGGAGCUGUUGCGGGGGGUGAUGGGGCAGUGGGGUAGCUUGGAUUUUGUGCCCCAUCUUGUGCGAGAGUAGUGCACCUUCUAGGCCCUGGGAUACGUUCUAUGGGAGGAUGCUGGGCGCUGGGUGGGAUCUGGCACUUAUGUUGUCUCCCAUCUUGCUGCUUGAUUGCUGCAGGUACCGGUCGUUGAAAAAUGCACAGCGUGGUGGGGCGGAGGCAUAUGAUUAGGGCUACACUGUGUGUGGUGGUGCGGUCUCAGCACAGCGGUGGUUAGGCAACAGAAACUGUUUGUACCUGCGCCGUGACAAGCCUUAAUCUUCCUGUGAACAUGAAGUAUUUCCCCUUCCCACUAACACUGGCUGUGCUUGCCAACACCCAAUCACGAUCAUAAAUGAGACCUAAGGGGAGUGCUUUUCUACCACUUAUCGCGUUGUCCAACCUUACCACUGCCCGCGAACCUACGGCGGCCACCCCGCGGUAAUGUGGUCCGUCUUAUGGAUGUUGGUUUCGCACCGGGUUCGGUAUCGCGCACUUAAUUGUGGGAGAUGAGAGAUUAUGGCGGUGUAUCAGCAUUGGUGCUUUGGGAUUUGGGAAAUGUAGCCUUACGGUCUUCAUACACCCUAGGUUCUACUCUUACGCCUGGAAAAGUUUAAAAGGUCCUCCAGAACAACCGCUGCUUCCAAAGCUAUAUAUACUGCUCGACCCCCCCCCCCGAUCUCAAAAGCAUUCAAUCCUACCAUACUCUUCAUUAAGUCUCUUUCCGCGACUUCACAAACUACUUUUGCCAUUCUACUUUGCUACUUUGCUACUACCCCAAGCAUGGCCUGGUUUUGUAGCAACUGUGGCUUUGGUCCUCACAACCCCGAACUACAUGUCGCAUGCAUCGAAUGUGGUAGGCCCGCGAAUGGCGAGGAGUGCGACGAACAGCGCCCUGGCAGCCGCAGCUACCCAAACUGCCAAAACGCAGACUCCGCAAACGCCUUUCUUGUGGCCGACACCAUCAUGAGGAAUCAUUCCACCUAGGAGGGCUUCUCGACUUGAGACCCUCCCUGACGCACGCAUGGGCAACAAACGAACGGCCACGAACCAUGGACGAAUACCCACCGAGAACAUCGAUGCCUUCUCCUAGAACACGGGACAGCAGGCAAAACAUCGGGACCUUCUACUGAUGGAUCCCUAAAAAAUAUGGUAGACGAGGAUAGACAUCUUCCCCUGGCGCUUUUAGAAUCUCUUCCUUUCGGAACAAAUUGGGCUCUUUUUUAAAAAACUUUCUUUCUUUUAAUGGGCGGGGAUAUCAAAAGCUGUGUCACUAUUGGAUCGCAUUCUGACAGCAAUAUGGUGGCUGAUGGUGGUUUUUCCUGGGCUCAUUUUUUUCAAACACUUGCUGUUGUACCUGUACUUCCUGUACUAGUACUAGUACUACUGCUACCGGUACCGGAACGCUUCACGGUCUUUACUUUCUUUUGUAUCUGGAAUUUGUUUUUGGAUCUGUACCAUCUUGGACUGCUUUCUUUAUAUUAUUAGUCAGUUAUAGCUCGCAAUCAUUGAUCUCUAUCACG